GAUCGAGGCUGAUAUCACUCUCUCUGAAGUGACCAGGAAGGACAGAAGGGUCACGCAGAUUCGCCAUGAGAUUCUGAGAGCGUUCUUUGCUUUCUUCUCGCGCCUCCCGUCGAUCGCAACACAUAUUAUCAUCUCCAGCCAAUAACACAUUCACUCCAGCGAAACCCAACAUGAGCCCGGCGUGGCGGGCCGGCCCUCCCCACCGCGCGCCGUACCGGGCCUCCUGAACCUGGCCGGCCGAGUUGGUCAAGGCCGGCACGGCGUAGCGUAGCGUCGCGGAGCCCAGUCGGUCUUCGCCACGCACCGCCGCUGGACGCUCGGGCUGGCGCAUGCUGCCCGCGAGCUGGACCGCCGAGAGAGGACUUCCCUACCCGCCACUGUCGUUCGCGACCCCACGCGAAUCUGCCGAGCGGUGUAGUGCUGUGAUUUGCGAGAGGUGUCCUGUGCCAUGGCGCCGUGGCGGGCGGGUCAGCUGCUGCUCCUUGCCCUGGCCGUUUGGUCCGUCGGCGCGGUGGCGCCACCGAGCAGCUCACCGCAGCUACAGCGCCUCGUGCACCCCGCGGUCCAGGGCAGCCUCUUCUACCAGCUGUCUGCGGCGCUCCCAGCCGUGAACGCGAGCUGCCAGUGCAGCCGGCAGGCGAGCAACAUCGUCAGGGCCGCCCUCCUCGGCCACGUCUGGGCGCUCAAAUGGGUUGACGCUAACGCACGUGUCCCAGCCGGUCUCCUCAGCGGGAAUGUGAAUCAGCUGGGCGACUUUGACGAGUGCCUCACGCUGCACGCCGAGUCCACACAGGAUGGCGAUGAGGACGCCAACUGUCCGCCCGUGCCCACGAAGGCGUCCUACUGCCUGGCGGCCGUGGCGCUGGACCUCGGCGAGGAAGCACAUCCUGCGGCCCGGCAAAUCAGCGCCCUGCUGCACUCGUUCACUCCGUUCAACAGCAACUUCAGCGACCCCGGUCACCGAGUCCCCCGCUUCUCCGCCGCGUACCUGGGCGUGUGCGCGCCGUCCUCGUGCACGGCCGGCGAGCUGCAGGCCGCCCUCGAGAGCCUGCUCAAUGAACAGGCGGGAGCCUCGGACGGCCUGGGAGGGGCCAGCUUCCGUGCUUCCGUCUCGUCGGAGAUGUGCAGGUCGCAGGACCACCAGGAGCCCCCGGAUGGGACUGGGGCUCGCAUCGCCAGGCUCGCCCUAUGGUGGACAGUGGCUGCCGUGCUGUUCGCCACCUUCCUGGACAUCGUCUGCCUGGACGGCGAAGGCCCACCCAGUCUCCUGCAGCUCGUCCGCUGUCUCUCCGCGCGACAGAACUGGCGUCGUCUGAUCGACACCCGACAAGAAGAAGGUGCCGUGGCCGUGCUGCACGGGGUGCGCGGGAUCAACGCCCUGGGCCUGCUCGUGGCGCACAAGUCGGUGGCGCUGCUCUACCAGCCGUACGUGAACCGCACGGCCGCCGUCGCCGUCCUGGGCCAGCCCUGGUCCAUCAUCGGGCGCGUCGCCAUCCUCUACACGGACUGCUUCAUCCUGCUGAGCGGCGUGCUGGCCGCGCGCGCCCUGCUGCGCCGGCUCGACCGCACCAAGGCCGUUCCCAUCGUGCGCAGGCUGGUCGACCGCUACGUCAGGUUGACGCCGCUGCUGCUGGCGCUGGUCGCGCUGUGCACGCUCGUGCUGCCGGGCCUGGGCCGCGGGCCCAUGUGGGGCCUGGUGGUUGAGCCGCACGCGGCGCUGUGCCGCCAGCACUGGUGGAGGAACGUGCUCUACAUCCACAACUACUACGGCUUCGAGGACAUGUGCCUGACCCACACCCACCAGCUGGGCAUCGACAUGCAGCUGUUCGCCGUCGCGCCGCUGCUCGUGUACCCGCUGUGGCGCUGGCCGCGCGCCGGCGCCGCCAUGCUCGCCCUGCUGGCGGCCUGGUCCACCGCCCUCAGGCACCGCGUCGUCCUGGACAACAAGCUCGCCACCAUAGUCUACUUCGGCAUGCCCGUCUCGCAGAUGUUCAAGACGGCCAGCAUGUCCUACAUCCUGCCCACCCACCGGCUCACCGUGUACAUCAUGGGCCUGGGGCUCGGCUACGCCCUGCACCGCGUCCCAGAGUCCUACCAGUUCUCCAGGGCGUGGGCCGCCGUCGGGUGGCUGGUGGCCGCGCCGCUGGGCCUGCUGCCCGUGUUCGGCCCCUGGGAGGCCGCCACCCCCGGCUACCAGUACGACGCGCACGAGGCCGCUCAGUACGCCGCCUUCGCGCCCAUCCUGUGGGGCGGCUUCGUCUGCUGGGGCGUGCUGGCGUGUGCGCGGGGCGCCGGCGGUGUUCUCGGCGAAGUCCUGUCCUGGCGCGGCUGGGUCGUGUUCACCCGAGUAGCGUUCGCCUUGUACCUGGCUCAGUUCCCCGUGUUCUUCUACAACGUGGGAUCCACCAGGCACGCCCAGUACUACACCUUAGGAAGCCUGCUCAACAUUGCUGAGUUCGCCUUCAUCAUAGCCGUGUCCGUCGUCCUCUGCCUGACCUUCGAGAUGCCCUUCCAAGAGUUGUGGAAGACGUACACAGAGACAAAGACGAAUGCAAAAGAACGCCGGCCGGGGACAGCCCAGAAGUUCGCAGCAAGGACCAACAAGUCAUUUCCGACGGCGUCUAAACGAAAGUCAGCUUAAUUUGUGGCGCGAUUCCACGGCACCCGCAAGGCGCCAGUGUGCUUUCGCUUUCAAUCCAAAAAGACUGAGGGAAUUCCCAAAGAUUGCUCAAAUCUCGCCUCAGCAGACAGCAUGACGGUGACAAUUCUGUGACUGAACGUCAAAGUUGUCUUUUAAUUGACAACGUUGUCGUAACUGAACUGAAAAAGAUGUCGAAAUAAAACCACGCACUGAA